AUGAAAAGACGUUUCUGGUGUGUCGUGAAUCCAUUUGAAGUGAAGGAAACCUCCCGAAGAUGCAAUCGUGCAGGCUCUCGUACCUUCCGUCAGAAGAAAAAUAGCGGGAGUGAGUGCAACAGAAAUGGUGGUGCUGCCGCAAUUGGUGCUACUGUUAGCGGUAGUGGUGGUGUGACAACCAACGCCAACGGUGUCUGCAUCCUGCCUCCAGAAGCAGCAGGCACCCUUGGAAGUGGUGAUCUCAAACAGGCUGUCCGUUUACCCACGGGGGAGGACCUCUGUGAAUGGGUGGCCGUCAACACUGUGGAGUUCUUCCAGCAGAUAAAUAUGCUGUACGGUACAUUGGCAGAGUUUUGCACUGACACGACGUGUCCAAUCAUGUCUGCGGGCCCACGAUAUGAGUACUACUGGGCGGAUGGGCAGACAGUAAAGAAGCCAGUUAAGUGUUCUGCUCCUCGAUACAUCAACAACCUAAUGACGUGGACACAAAACCAGUUGGAAAAUGAGGCGAUUUUUCCUUCGAAAAUUGCUCCACGCACAAUAACCUACUCCCUUGCUUCAGACACCUUUUUGCCAUAA